AUGACCCUGGAGAGAAGCUUAAACUGGUGUCCAAACAAUGUAGAAGCAGGAAAUCUAACACAGAUUUAUGAAUUCCAUCUCAUGAUGCUCUCAGAGGAUCCAGAAGUGCAGCACUUUCUAUUUGGACUGUUCCUGUCCAUGUAUCUGGUCACUGUACUUGGGAACCUGCUCAUAAUUCUGGCCAUCAGCUGUGACUCCCACCUCCACACCCCCAUGUACUUCUUCCUCGCCAACCUGUCCUUGGCUGACAUCUGUUUCAUCUCCACCACUGUCCCAAAAAUGAUUGUGAACAUCCAAACUCACAGCAGAAUCAUCUCCUAUGUGGGCUGCCUGACACAGAUGUCUCUUCUUAUCAUAUUUGGAAAUAUGGAUGACAUGCUCCUGACUGUGAUGGCUUAUGACCGGUUUGUGGCCAUCUGUCAUCCUCUGCACUACCCCAUUGUUAUGAACCCUAGACUCUGCAGAUUUUUGGUUUGGAUUUCUUUCUUGAUUAGCAUUUUGGGAUGCCAGAUACACAAUUUGAUUGUGUUACAGUUUACAAACUUCAAAGAUGUGGAAAUUUCUAAUUUUUAUUGUGAUCCUACUCAAGUCAUUAAUCUUACCUGUUCUGACCGCUUCUCUAAUGACAUUCCCAAGUAUUUUCUUGCCAUCAUAUAUGGAUUUUUUCCCAUCUCAGGGAUUCUCCUCUCUUAUUAUAAAAUAAUUUCCUCCAUUAUGAAAAUCCCAUCAGGUGGCAAGUAUAAAGCCUUCUCCACCUGUGGAUCUCACCUCUCUGUAGUUUGCUUGUUUUAUGGAACAACCACUGGGGUGUACCUUGGGUCAGCUGUGUCACAUUCUCCUAGAAACAGUGCACUUGUCUCAGUGAUGUACACUCUUGUAACACCUUUCCUGAAUCCCUUCAUCUAUAGCCUAAGGAACAGAGAUAUUAAAGGUGCCUUGUUUAAGCUGCAGAGAAAAAUAAUCUAA